AUGCCGACCAAUUUCACAGUUGUUCCUGUAGAAGAUGCACCAAGCAGCAGUAAUGCUUCCAGCUCCCCAGAGGCAAAACCUGUGAGUUUAGGACAAAUAUUUGAAAGAAGUGGACAAGAAGCUACAGUUGACAACCAGCAGCAAGGGGAUCAUACAGAUAAUGAUGAAGACCAAAAAGAGUCCACUCCCUUUCUCAACUCGGACAAUGUCAGUGAACCAGACUACGAUGGAAAGAACAUGGCCUUGUUUGAGGAGGAGAUGGACAGUGCCCCCAUGGUGUCUUCUCUUCUUAGUAGACUGGCCAACUACACCAACCUCACACAGGGCGUCCGCGAGCAUGAGGAGUAUGAAGAUGGAGUCAGGAAAGUCACCGUCAAGGUCCCCCCGAUGGGCACGUUCAUCGGCGUGUACCUGCCGUGUAUGCAGAACAUUCUGGGGGUUAUCCUCUUCAUCCGUCUGGCCUGGAUUGUGGGGACAGCUGGGAUCUUGGGCUCCUUCGCCAUAGUCUCCAUGUGCUGCAUCUGUACUUUGCUAACUGCCAUCUCAAUGAGUGCUAUUGCCACUAAUGGAGUUGUUCCAGCUGGUGGAUCCUACUACAUGAUUUCCCGAUCUUUGGGUCCGGAGUUUGGAGGAGCAGUGGGCCUGUGCUUCUACCUUGGGACAACUUUUGCUGGUUCCAUGUAUAUUUUGGGAACUAUUGAGAUUCUACUGACCUACAUUGUUCCAUCCACAAGAAUAUUUGAAGCUGAAAAUAUAGCGGGUGAGGCCACAGCUUGGGCCAAUAACAUGAGAGUUUUUGGCACGGGCUGUUUGCUUAUUAUGGCACUGGUCGUCUUUGUUGGAGUCAAAUAUGUAAACAAACUGGCUCUUGUAUUUUUGUCCUGUGUGGUUCUCUCCAUUAUGGCCACUUACGCUGGAGUCAUCAAAACACUUCUCGAACCUCCAGACGUCAAGUGA